CCCCUCUUCAGAAAACUGGAGUAGGAAGCGGAAAUGAACAAAUUGACAUUCUCUUUUGUGUGUAUGUUUUGAGCUGUUGAACGUGAAGUUGUCAAGCAGUUUAGAGGUCUCUUUGAAAAGCUGUCAAUACGAAGGGGGAAAUAACAGGAAAUCAACAUGAACCUAGAGCGCCUUCCUAAUGAGGAGAAACUCACCCUCUGUAGGAAAUACUAUUUCGGGGGAUUUGCAUUCCUUCCGUUCCUGUGGCUGGUGAAUGUGGUGUGGUUUUUCAAAGAGGCCUUUGUAAAGCCAACAUAUACUGAACAACUUCAGAUCAAAACAUAUGUAAAGCGUUCAGGGCUGGGGUUGCUACUGUGGGUUGCAGUACUCACCACAUGGAUAACCAUAUUCCAACACUUCAGAGCAGAAUGGGGUGAGGUGGGCGACUACCUCUCCUUCACCAUUCCACUUGGCAUUCCCUGAGACAGACAAGGCGGGAAACAAGAAAGCUUCCUACUGUAUAAAACUUUACCAUGACAGAAUUAAUAGGCUAAUCUAACAUAGGUUGAAAUAGUUAAAUGUGUAGUUUAUCUCAAUGGAUAUUCAUGGUAAUUUUCUUCUGGGCUUUAAUGAGUGGGAAGAUGUCCUAUGAACACUGCACCUUUUCCCCAAAUUGUGUGUAGUGUGUGGAUGUCUCAACACGUUUGAGUAAAUUUGGAAGGUUAUACAGGCGAAUGGUAUGUAUGACAAAAAUAGCAAAUUCAUUAACUUUCUAAAUGAAAUGGAAGUGUAUGCAUUUUUUAUUUGCUGUAAUAAGGUUUUGAGUUUAGAUGCCAGAUUGUGGUCUAGUGUGCAUUUCAUUAGACAUUUGGCUCCUAUGGAUAAUAUGAAUGGUAUGAGCAUAGCUUUGGAUAACAAUAUCCAAUUGGCUUUGUGUUUAAUAUGUCAGUAUUUGUGUAACACUGCUCACAAUAACAACAUACUUAUUCCAGAUAAUAAUAUUCAUAGUAUCCUUUGUACUCUCGGUGUAAACCAUUCCAACAGUGAUGAGAUAUUAGCCAGUAAAGUACUUUAUGAUUGCAGAA